AUGUCUUUUCAGAGCACUCUCAGCCUGUCUCUGGUCAACCCCACCCAUGCCCUCUGCAUGGUAGGCAUGGAAAUCACCUUGGACAUCAGUGGGUGUGCACCGGACAAGUGCAAGUCUUUCACCAUCCGUGGUUCCCCCAGGAUCUUGAUCCACAUCUCCAGCUCCGUCAUCGCUGACAAAGAGGAUGCUAUUGUCUGGAGGCCAAUGAACCAUCCCACAGAGGCACUGGUGAGGAUGGUGGCGCCCAGCUCCACUGUGGACGAAGACAAGGUGCUGGUCUCCUACUUCUGUCCUGACAAAGAUGUCCCCACGGCCACAGCUGUGCUGUUUCUCACUGGCAUCGAGGUCUCCCUGGAGGCAGACAUCUAUCGAGAUGGACAACUGGACAUGCCAUGUGAUAAGCAAGCUAAGAAAAGAUGGAUGUGGGGUCUGAACGGCUGGGGAGCCAUCCUGCUUGUGAAUUGUAGCCCUAAUGCCGUAGGCCAGCCUGAUGAACAGUCCUUUCAGGAGGGCCCCAGAGAAAUACAGAACCUGUCUCAGAUGACUCUAACUGUGGAGGGCCCCACCAGCAUCCUGCAGAAUUACCAGUUGAUCCUACAUACCUCUGAGGAAGAAGCGAAGAGGGCAAGAGUCUACUGGUCUCAGAGAGGCUCCUCUGCGUAUGAACUGGUGGUGGGACCCAACAAGCCUGUCUAUCUCCUGCCUACCUCUGAGAACCAUGGGAAAGAGAUUUUCUACGUAGAAGCCACGGAAUUCCCAUCUCCCAGCUUCUCGGGCCUGAUCUCCUUCUCCCUCUCCCUAGUAGAAAAAACUCACAACCAGUGCAUCCCAGAGACCCCGCUCUAUAAGGAUACAGUGAUGUUCCGGGUGGCACCUUAUAUCUUCAUGCCCAGCACCCAGAUGCCUCUAGAGGUUUACCUGUGCAGGGAGCUACAGCUGCAAGGCUUUGUGGACUCGGUGACCAAGCUGAGCGAGAAGAGCAAAGUGCGGGUGGUAACUGUCUAUGAGGACCCCAACCGCCAGGGCAACUGGCUCCAGGACGAGAUGGCUUUCUGCUAUACUCAGGCUCCUCACAAGACAGUGUCAUUGAUCCUUGACACCCCGAGGGUUUUCAAGCUGGAAGACUUCCCCAUGAAAUACUCACUGAGCCCUGGUUUUGGCUACCUGAUCCGACAAACUGAGGACCACCGGGUGGCUAGCCUGGAUUCCAUUGGGAACCUGAUGGUAUCUCCGCCUGUCAAGGCUCAGGGAAAAGACUAUCCUCUAGGGAGGGUCCUCAUUGGUGGCAGCUUUUACCCCAGCUCUGAGAGCCGGGACAUGAACAAGGGCCUGCGAGAAUUCGUGUAUGCCCAGCAGGUGCAGGCCCCUGUGGAACUCUUCUCAGACUGGCUGAUGACCGGUCACAUGGAUCAAUUCAUGUGCUUUGUCCCUACCAAUGAUAAAAACAAUGACCAGAAGGACUUCCGCUUGCUGCUGGCCAGCCCCAGUGCCUGCUUUGAGCUGUUCGAACAGAAGCAGAAGGAAGGCUAUGGGAACGUGACCCUGUUUGAAGACAUUGGAGCAGAACAGCUUCUUUCUAACGGGAGGGAGAGCAAAACUAUUUCCCAAAUCCUGGCUGACAAGAGUUUUCGAGAGCAGAACGCCUAUGUUGAGAAGUGUAUCAGCCUGAACCGCACCCUCCUGAAGACAGAACUGGGAUUGGAGGACAAGGACAUCAUCCUGAUCCCGCAGCUCUUCUGCCUGGAGCAGCUGACGAAUGUCCCCUCCAACCUGCAGAGCACCAAACUCUUCGCGAGGCCGUACUUCCCCGACAUGCUGCAGAUAAUUGUGUUGGGCAAGAACCUUGGAAUCCCCAAGCCCUUUGGGCCCCAAAUCAAGGGCACCUGCUGCCUAGAAGAGAGAGUGUGUGAAUUACUGGAGCCCCUGGGUCUCAAGUGCACCUUCAUUGAUGAUUUUGACUACUACCUGGCCAACAUAGGGGACGUCUGUGCCAGUGCCAUCAUAAACAGGGUGCCAUUUGCAUUCAAGUGGUGGAAGAUGACCCCUUAA